GAUUUUUGUAUGGCUUAUUGUUGGGCUUAUUUUUCCUCUCUUGGCCAAGGCUCAAGAAUUUCCUGAGUAACUUUUUCAGAGAAUCGGCUUCGGCAACUCCGCAACAAUAUGCUCAGUUUGCUUUUUAUAACAUAAAUAAAUCUGAAAAUCUGCCAAGGAGGAAGGCGGGGGGGAAGCUGAGGGGAAGCGUGGGUCCAUGUGAGGAAUGCCUUUUGGCAGAAAUGCCCAAAUGAAGAAACGAGUGCGUGAGCAGAGGAACUCCGAGCACCACUGCAGCAACCGGCCAGCGUCUCCCAGGGAGCCUCAGCAUCCCCGUGUCCACGGGCACGUUGCAAAGAACCAUCUUUGGAUUCCUUUCAGACCUUCCCACUAAGGCUCAAAGAUGAGGAGACUUCAGAGAAACCUGAGUGUAUUCCAGCAAACUAAAAUUCUCUUGUGGAAAAAUGUACUUAUCAAAUGGAGGAUGAAAAUGCAGAGCUUUCAGGAGUGGAUGCUGUCUCUGCUCUUCCUGCCGUUGAUGUUCAUUGUGGGCAACUUCAUGCUGCACAUCCCCUACCCCGAGGUGCCACACAGCUACCUCGGGCAGCUAGAUGACCCUGCCUAUGAUGCUGCUGGCGUCACCAUCGCCUUUACACCUAUCACCCCAACCACAAGGCAAAUAAUGAAUGCAGUGGCCUUGAAGUCUGUAAUGACAGGUAUAAAACUAGAGGCAAUGGACAGUGAGAGAGCCCUGGAGGAAGCCUGGAUUUUGAAUAAUGAAAUUAUAGGGGUUGUAUUUAAAAACAAUUUCUCCUAUUACCUCCGGUUUCCUACUGGGAAUGUGGCUAUUCCAAAUGACAACCUUGGAUACGUAGAUACCUGUUAUAAUUUCUCAGCACGAUACUGUGACAGCCCCAAGUAUUGGUACAAAGGCUUCCUGUCCCUGCAGUCCAGCAUCGAUGCUGCUAUCAUAGAGGUGGUGGCAAAUCAUUCUGUUUGGGAAGAAAUGAAGUCAAUUGCCGGUGUCCGUAUGAAGUCCCGGAGUGUCAUCUACUCGAUUACAUUAGAGUACAGUUAUUUCAUGAUUACUAUUGUGAUGUGUUUCUCUUCAUUCAUGUACUUCUUAUCAAUGAAUGUUGUAAGGGAAAGGAAAAAGCUCAAAGUACUCAUGAAGACGAUGGGGCUGCAAGACAUUGCAUUUUGGCUCUCCUGGAGCCUGCUGUAUGCCGUUUACGUGCUGGUCCUGUCCUGCCUGCUGACAGCCCUCGUGGUGCAGGAGGCUUUCUACGUCAGCAGCUUCCCCGCCGUCCUGCUACUGUUUUUCCUCUAUGGCCUCGCAUGUAUCCACAUGGUUUUCAUGCUCUGCUCCCUCUUACGGACAUCCAAACUCGCUGGCUCCAUGGGGUUCCUCAUCACCUUUCUCUUUGGCUGCCUGAGCCUCGCAGUGCUGAUAGAAAAUCUUCCAGAACCUUUGAAGUGGUUUCUCGGUCUCUUUUGUCCAUUUGCAUUUAAUGCUGGCAUUGCCAAGGUUUUCCAUUUGGAAAAAUAUGGAAUAGGUUUCUCUUUUUCUAACCUUAUGGAGGAAUCAUACUUUUUAUUUUCAACUUACAUUAUGCUGAUCUUCGACUCAGUCUUGUACAUGUUGUUAGCCAUGUACUUCGACAAAGUUCUGCCGGGCAAAUACGGCAUCCCAGACCCGCCUUUUUUCUGCCUGAAGCCCUCGUACUGGAUGCGGAGCAGGAGGGGCUGCCCCGGGGAGGGACCCUACAGCGCAGGGAGCCCCGAGGAGCCCCCAGGAGAUGAAGUGGAGCCGGUGCCCACCGCGUUCGUGGGGAAGGAGGCCAUCAGACUCAACAAUAUUAAAAAAGCAUACAAAAAGAAAGACAAGAAAACAGAAGCCCUAAGAGGUUUGUCUUUAAACAUUUACGAGGGGCAGAUCACUGCCUUACUCGGUCACAGCGGGGCUGGAAAGACAACGCUGCUAAAUGUGCUCAGCGGACUGACUCUGCCUUCUGAAGGCUCGGCAACCAUCUAUGACUACAAGCUCUCUGAAAUAGGAGACAGGGAAGAGAUCAAAGAGAUGAUCGGCAUUUGCCCACAAUUCAACGUACAGUUCGAAGUCCUGACGGUGAAAGAAAACUUGCGAACUUUUGCAGAGAUCAAGGGCAUCAAGUCCAAAGAGGUAGAACGAGAGGUGCAAACCAUUUUGGAGCUGCUGGAUAUCAGUAACGUUCAGGACACUCAAGCUGAGAAACUCAGUGGUGGGCAAAAACGGAAGUUAUCCAUUGGGAUAGCCAUGCUUGGGAGCCCCCAGGUGCUGCUGCUGGACGAGCCGACGGCUGGGCUGGAUCCUCUUUCCCGGCACCAGGUGUGGAGCCUGCUGAAGGAGCACAGAGCCGGGCGGGUGAUCCUGUUCAGCACCCAGUUCAUGGACGAGGCCGACAUCCUCGCCGACCGCAAGGCUUUUAUCUCACAUGGGAGGCUGAAGUGUGUCGGCUCUUCCCUGUUCUUGAAGAAAAAAUGGGGGAUCGGCUAUCAUUUAAGGAUCCAUGUCAGUGAGUCCUGUAACACAGAGAGCGUGACAUCUCUGGUUAAGCAGCACAUCCCCAAUGUCAUAUUCUCGGGACAUGGUCAAUAUGAGCUGAGAUAUAAACUGCCGUUAGAAAACGUGAAUAAAUUCCCAGAUCUGUUCCGUGGCCUCGACAGCUGUUCCGACCGGGGAAUUAUCAAUUACGGAGUUAGCAUGACAACCCUGGAGGAUGUUUUCAUGAGGCUGGAAGAAGACGACACAUUGGGACAAGAAGAUGAGCACGUCCCUGGGGAGGAGUGGGCAGAAGCAGGACCGCGGUGCCCCGACGAGACAGAGCCGGGCUCCCUGCUGCUCUCAGGCACCGGCAAGGCGACGGUGAGCGGCGCGGUGCUCUGGAGGCAGCAGGUCUCUGCCAUGGCCUGGGUGCACUUCCUAAAGCUCAAGGGUUCGGUGAAAAACCUCCGGUCCAUUUUGCUGCUCUAUGUGGUUUUUCUGCUUCCUCUGGUUUUGCAACUGGCCCUGGUUGCUGCCUGGCAGAGCAUGAGCGCCUGGGAGCUCUCCUCGGCGCGGUACUUCAUGCCCCUGGGGAAGAGGGCUCCGGCGGAGACCACCAGCCUGUUGGUCCACAACAGCACGGGCUCAGGCAUUGAAGACUUUAUCCACACUCUCGAGAGCCAAGAUCUCUCAGUAGAAAUCACAAGCCAGGAAAAUAUCACAGAGGAGCUGAAACACAAUGGGGCUAUAAAAGUGUCUCGUGAAGGCCAGAGCUACAGGUUCACCAUCUUGUGCCACAUGGAGGCCGUCAACUGCUUCCCAGUGCUUGUGAACAUCAUCAGCAAUGCUCUGCUGAGAGCUCUCAAUUCCACCGCGCACAUUAGGAUCUGGAGUCACCCUUUUUUCUCUAUAGAUAAUCCACGAUUCUGGGAUUACUUUGUUUCUUUCUACCUCAUUUACAUGCUGUUGCUGUUCCCUGGUUUUCCUCCUCACUUUGCGAUGGGCUACUUGCAGGAUUACAAGACAGGAGCUCGCGCCCAGCUACGGGUCUCGGGGCUCUUCCCCUCGGCAUACUGGUGUGGCCAGGCGCUGGUGGAUGUCCCGCUCUGCUGGCUCCUUCUCUUCUCCAUGUUCGGGCUUCAGUUCGCCAUGAGCAACAGGAUUUCCGGGAGCAUCGGCAACAUCUUCUUGCUGGUCAUGGGUGCUUUGGGCUACGGAGUUUCCAUUGUUCUCUUCAUCUAUUUAAUCUCCUUCCUCUUUCGCAAAGGAUGGAACUGUGAUUUUUGGUCUUUUAUCCUGAUAGUGGUAUGCCUCGUGUCUUUCAUUAUCAGCCGAGUCAUGGAUUACACACUUGAUAUGAGUGUCUCCCUCUACCUCAUGUCUCUCUUGAUUCCCCUGUACCCACUGCUGGGCGUUAUGAUCAACAGCGAGCAGAUUUUUGUAGAGGACGCUGACUUAAUCGCUGCUAGUCCAAGGAACGACGUGCUAAUAGCUGUCUUUGCACCUUAUAUCCAUUCUGUGGGUUUCAUUUUUCUUCUUCGAUAUUUGGAGAUAAAAUAUGGAAGAACAGUUCUGAGAAAGGACCCAGUAUUUAGAAUUUCCCCGAGAAAUGAGAGCAGCCACCAGCAUCUUGAGGAGCAAGAAGAGGAGGAUGAAGAUGUUAAAGCUGAAAGAGCAGCAGUGAGAAAUGCCAUGGUAGCUCCUAGUCAGGAGGAGAAAUCAGUUAUUAUUGUCAGCAAUCUGUGCAAGGAAUAUAAAACAAAGAAAGCAGGUUCAGUUUUUAAGAAGAAGAAGAAAAUGGCCACCAAAAAUAUCUCCUUUUGUGUUAAUAAAGGGGAAGUAUUAGGACUUUUGGGGCCAAACGGAGCUGGUAAAAGCACAGCUAUCAAGAUGAUUGCUGGAGAGACGACACCGACUGCUGGGCAGGUGCUGCUGCGGAGGCGAGAAGGAGCGACGUGCUGCCUGCAGGACCACCUGGGGCACUGCCCGCAGGAGGACCCGCUCUGGCCGGACCUCACCGUGCACCAGCACCUCCAGGUCUACGCGGCCGUGAAAGGAGUGCGCAAGGAGGAUACGGCUGCUGCUGUCAACCGAAUAGUGAAUGCUCUGGAGCUUCAAGACUAUUUAAAAAAAUCAGCCAGAAAAUUAUCUGCCGGGAUUACCAGAAAGCUGUGCUUCGCCAUGUGUGCGCUGGGCAACCCCACGGUGCUGCUCCUGGACGAGCCAUCGACCGGCAUGGACCCCAAGGGGCAGCGCUGCGUCUGGAAAACGAUCCGUGCUGCCCUGAAAACCAAGGAGACAGGGGCCGUUCUGACCACGCACUACAUGGAGGAGGCGGAGGCAGUGUGCGACCGCGUGGCCAUCCUGGUGGCUGGACAGCUACGGUGCAUUGGCUCCAUUCAGUACCUGAAGAGCAAGUUUGGCAAAGGCUACCUGCUGGAAAUUAAAAUCAAGGACCCAGAGAGCACGGAUCUCCUCCACGCUGAGAUUUUGAGGAUUUUCCCGAGUGCAGCCCGUCAGGAGCGGUUCCCCUCUUUGCUCGUCUACAAGGUCCCAAUGGAAGACGCACUGCCCCUGUCCCAGUCUUUCUCCAAGCUAGAGGAAGCCAAGCAGAACUUCAGCCUUGAGGAGUACAGCUUCUCUUUGAACACUUUGGCUCAGGUGUUUUUGGAACUCUCCCGAGAGCAAGAGAAGGAUAAUUUUGAUCUAGCUUUGGACGGGACCUUUGAAUGGAAACAGCUGCAGCAGGAGGACAGUUAG